AUGCUUUCGAAUAGCUUUGCUUGCUCUCUACACCAGUGUCACCAAUUUAAUGCCCACUCCUAUCUUCCCUCACUCUUUCUUCUCACUCCUCGCUUCUCGUCCCCUUGCUCUCCUUUCCUCACCCCACUCGUCCUGUCUCCUCUCUCCUCGUCCAUCCCCUCUCUCCUUACUCUCUUCAAUUCCACCUCUCCUCUCUUGUCUCACCCCCGGGGGCACAUCAUCCCAAUCAUCCACCCUCACUCUCCUCUCUCCUUUAUGCCGAAUGCCAUGCCCUUCCCUGCUGUGCCUCAUGCUGUCCCUGCUCCCAUCUCUGUCUCUCCAUCCCUCCAAGCUCUCUUCUUUCCUUGUCUUUUUUUCCUCCCUGCUCUCUUCCCUGCUCCUUUUUACCUCCCUGUCCUCCCACUGUGCCUUCCCCUUCUCCUGCUUCCCUCCGCAUGCUCCUCUUCAUCCUUCCCUCUUCUCCCCUCUUCGCCCCUCACUCUCAUACCUCCCUCAUCGUCUCUCCUCUUCCUUUCAACCGCUUUUCCUCUCUCACGAUCCUCCUCCCCUCUGCCGCGCCCAUCAUCCCCACGCCGCCUCUCCCGACUGCCUCCAUCUGACCUCCCUCGCCUCUCCUCCCUUCUUCCCCCAUGCUCCUCUUCGCUGUCAGAAGUCCCUCUACGCCCUCUCCUUCCAUCGUCCACCCUCACUGUUUUGACACCUCUCCUCUCCCUCAUCAUUUCCUCCUCAUGCUCUCUAUCCAUUUCCUCACCUCUCCUUCCCCACUUCUUCCUUCCCUCCUCAGCUUCCUUCACAAUCUUCUCGUCCUCUUUCCGCUGGCUUCCUUUCUCCCCAUCCCUCUCCCUCCGCACACCCCCCCUCCCCUCUUUCACCUCCCCACCGUGCUCCACUCUUCCCUCUUCUCCUUCCGCAUCCCACCUCCUCUUCCUCUCUCUCUGUCCGCCCCUCUUUGGACUCGCACCACGUGCAGCUCCGUCCUCUCCUCCACCUCCUCUCCCCUCUCUCCCUGCAGUCACACGUGCAGCAAUCGCCUGA